AUGGCAGGAUACGUCAAACCAAUUCCUGCGGCCACCGGCGGCCUGGCCUUUUCCCGUCUCCAGUCCGACGAGAUCAGAAAGAUCUCCGUCAAGCGAAUCCAUGUCACUCCAGCGCUGGAUUCUAUGUUUGGUCCAGUUCCAGGAGGUCUGCAUGACCCUGCCCUGGGUGCCAUCCAGGCUCUGGAUGCAAACUGCUCUACUUGUCGCAUGAAUGCGAUCCACUGUACCGGGCACUGCGGACAUAUUGAACUUCCUGUCACUUGCUAUCAUCCACAAUACAUUGACUCUACUCUACGCCUUCUCCGAGCGAAAUGUGCCUACUGUCAUCGCUUCAAAGCUGCAGAGAACUUUGUCAAUCAAACGGUGUGCUCCCUUCGGUUGUUGCAAUAUGGGUUGGUGGAGGAUUACCACACUAUACAGAAUAUUCACCUCAGAGGAGGACUGCCAAAGAUACCGAGGAAGACUGGACCAGACCAGAUGGUUGAAGAUGUGGCGGAAAUCGAACCAGAGGAAGAUAUUGCGGAGCUUAUUGAUCGGAGAACGAGAAUGACAACGCGUGCCAUCAAAUUGGCGCGAAGAGAGAAACGGAUCGAUGACCAGGCUCUGGUCCGAAACACUAUCGCUAUCGCUGCCCGAAAGCAUGUAAUCGCCUCUUUCCUCAAGGAGGUCCCCAAUCUAAAGAAAUGCGCCAACUGCGGUGGUGCCAGCAUCUCCUAUAGAAAAGAUAGGAGCGUCAAGAUCUUCAGACUGCCGCUAGCAAAGAAGCAAAAGGAAGCCAUGUAUGUCCUUGGGAAAAAGGCGCCAAACCCUCUCCUGUUUCUCCACUCCGAACAGACUCAGAGAGAUGAGGUCAAAAAGACCGCCCUGGUCAACGGACAUCAUGACGAGGAUAUCGAGAUGUCCGACCAAGACGACGUUGAGGAUGCAGAACUACAUGGAGCUGAAGAAGAAAUCGCUAUGCGUAAUGCACUCGAGACGUCAUCCAAGUCGAAGAAAGCGGACAUCGAGGAUGAGGACGACGUACAAGCAUACAUGACAACGAGCGAGAUACAUGCUGCCCUGACCCUACUGUUUGACCGGGAGCAGGAAGUCCUCCAGCUGUUGUAUGCAUCUCAGCCCGGUCGAAAAACGGUUCGCGUAUCUCCGGACAUGUUUUUUGUCACCGCGAUUCUUGUUCCGCCGAACAGAUUUCGACCUUUGGCUAGGCAUGGACCUAAUCAAAUGCUGGAGAAUCAACUAAAUACGGUUCUGAACAAAAUCAUCAAGGCGGCUGGUGAUGUUCAGCGCAUCUCACGGGAGUCGAAAAGAGCAAAGAUCGACCCAACGGUUAGACCAAGGAACUUGAACGAGAGCUUGCAAGCCGCAAUUGUCCUCCAAGAGGCAGUAAAUGCGCUGAUAGAUUCCCCUACACCUGCUUCAGGCCGGCCAACCGACCAAGGCAUAAAGCAAGUCCUGGAGAAGAAGGAGGGCCUUUUCCGAAUGCACAUGAUGGGGAAGCGCGUCAACUUCGCUGCUCGCAGUGUAAUAUCGCCCGAUCCGAACAUCGAAACCAACGAAAUCGGUGUACCUCUUGUUUUCGCAAAGAAACUGACCUACCCCGAACCAGUGACGAGUCACAAUUUCGAAGAGCUGAGCAAGGCGGUGAUAAAUGGUACUGAAAAAUACCCCGGGGCCGCAGCUAUUGAGAAUGAGAACGGAAUGGUUCUCAGCCUGAAGCGCAAGACCAUUGAACAAAGAAGAGCCCUCGCAAAGCAAUUGAUGACUUCGACCGCCCCCGAAGCGAAGGGGGAGAACGGCAAAAAGGUGUACCGGCACCUUCAAACAGGCGACGUGGUUAUCAUGAAUCGUCAGCCGACUCUGCACAAGCCAUCCAUGAUGGGUCACCGUGCACGCGUGCUAACGAACCAAAAGACCAUUCGUAUGCAUUAUGCGAACUGUAACACUUACAAUGCUGACUUCGACGGUGAUGAGAUGAACAUGCAUUUUCCUCAGAAUGAGCUUGCUCGAACCGAAGCUCUUCAAAUCGCGGACACGGAUCACCAGUAUCUGUCUGCAACUGCGGGCAAACCCUUACGUGGGUUGAUUCAAGACCAUAUAUCCAUGGGUGUUCAAUUUACCAGCCGGGACGUUUUCUUCGAUCGAGACCAAUACCAACAGUUACUUUAUAGCUGUCUCAGGCCGGAAGAUUACAAUACCGUGUUUGACAAGAUCCAAAUGGUGGCGCCGGCGGUGUUAAAGCCGAAAAUACUAUGGACCGGCAAGCAAGUGAUCACGACAGUAUUGAAAAAUAUCACUCCUGAAAGAUUCCGUGGCAUCAACCUCACGAGCAAAUCAUCUACAUCGUCAGACUCGUGGGGCGAAAAGACGUCUGAGGAACCUGAGCAAUGGACUGUUAGCAGGAGUAAGGUGGUAUUCAGAGACACGGAACAAGUGGUGAUUUUCAAAGACGGCGAGCACCUUUGCGGAAUUCUUGACAAGAGCCAACUCGGCCCCAGCGCUGGUGGUCUGAUCCAUUCCGUACACGAGGUCUAUGGACAUAUCACUGCGGGCAAACUAAUGAGCAUCCUCGGCCGACUUCUCACAAGAUUCCUCAAUGAGAGGGCCUGGACCUGUGGAAUGGACGACCUCUAUCUGACACCUGAAGGCGACAAGGAACGGCGACAAGAGUUGAAUAAGGCGAAACAAAUGGGUCUGGAGGCUUCAGCCGAGUAUGUGACAUUGAAGUCCGGCGAGGUCGACCAAGAAAACCCCGAACUGCUUAGUCGCCUUGAAAGCGUACUUCGUAACGAUGAGCAGCUCAAUGGUUUGGACCAGGUUUACAAGGCCAAAGUGAAAUCGAUCACGGACGCUGUCUCAAAAGCCUGCCUGCCUGCUGGGCUUCGAAAGCCAUUCCCUCGGAAUCAGAUGCAAGCAAUGACGAUCUCUGGAGCCAAAGGCUCGAGUGUCAAUGCAAAUCUCAUCUCUUGCAAUCUAGGUCAGCAGGUUCUGGAAGGGCGCAGAGUUCCUGUGAUGGUCAGUGGCAAGACGCUGCCGUCCUUCCGAGCCUUUGAGACGGAGCCAGCUGCUGGUGGGUAUGUGUCAGGACGAUUCUUAACGGGUAUCAAACCACAAGAAUACUACUUCCACGCCAUGUCUGGCAGAGAGGGCUUGAUUGAUACCGCUGUAAAAACGUCCAAAUCCGGGUACCUGCAGCGCUGCAUCGUCAAGGGCCUUGAAGGUCUUCGAACCGAGUACGACACGUCCGUACGCGAAAGUUCAAACGGAAGUAUCAUUCAGUUCCUGUACGGAGAAGAUGGACUCGAAGUCACCAAGCAGAAGCAUCUGAAAGAGUUUACUUUCCUUGCUGAAAAUCACCACUCGGUUGCAACACUUAUGAAUGCAGAAGAGGUGAUUCACAAACUGCCGCUAUCAGAGUUGGAUGAGGAACAGAAGAAGAUUCUGAGAUCACUGAAGAAGUCCAAGCAGAAGGAUCCAUUGACUGCUUCUUUCAGCCCCGCAAGCCAUUUAGGAAGCACUUCCGAGUCAUUUGCCAUGGCGUUGAAUGACUAUGUCAAGGAAGACCCGAAUAGAUUGAUCAAGGACAAAAAGACGAACCCUACCGGUGUGCUCAGCAAGAAGACGUUUCGAGCCGUUAUGAACCUGAAGUACAUGAAGUCCAUUGUCGAUGCCGGGGAGGCAGUCGGGGUCGUCGCAGCACAAUCUGUGGGAGAACCUUCGACCCAGAUGACAUUGAAUACUUUCCACUUGGCCGGCCACUCAGCAAAGAACGUCACCCUCGGUAUUCCUCGACUGCGGGAGAUUAUCAUGACUGCCAGCGCCAAAAUCAUGACCCCAACAAUGACACUCAAGCCCAUCGAAGAGUUGAACAUUGCUGAAGGAGAACGCUUCGCUAAAAGCAUCAGCCGCUUGCCACUCUCCUAUGUCAUUGACGACAUGUCGGUCACCGAGAGGACUGGCGGUGGCGCAGGACAUGAGAAUGAAAGAAUCUACGACAUUCGAAUAGACCUAUAUGACCCAGAGGAAUACGAGGAGGAAUAUGCCAUUAAAAGGGUAGACGUCCAACGAUGCUUCGAGACGAUGUUCCUACCUAGACUGGAUAAGAUGAUUAAAGCCGAACUCAAGAAGAAGGCCAAAGAGGCAGACCGCUCAGAGGUUACGGCAGCUGUUCCAAACGUUGGCACGUCGGUAGGUGUCUCCGAGGAAGCCAGGACAAGAGGUCCAAGAGCUACUGAAAAUGAAGGUGGCGAAGACGACAUUGAUGAAGAAGCCGACCCCGACGAUGCCAAAGACAUGGCGGCCAGACGUAGAAGAGAGAACACGUUCGACGAGCCCGACGAGGAGGAAGAUGCCAUAGCACGGGAGUCAGACGACGAAGGGAUGAGUGACGACAAUGGCGAUAUGGACGAGGAGGAAAAUACACUCCGCGCUCGCCAAACAGCGAAAUCUAAGAACGCGCAAAACCUUCGAGAAUUAGACCCUGACGACGAAGGAGACGACGCUGAAGAUUCGGCAGAUGAGGCGCGAGUCAACCAGCUAAAGAGUCAACUAGACCACCUCAAACGUUUCAUCUUCGCAAGAAACCAGGGCAAAUCCUGUCGCAUUGUCCUCAGUUACAGCUCCAGAACGCCGAAACUACUUCUCCUUCCUCUGCUCGAAAAGUGCGCGCACACAUCAGUCAUUCAGUCGAUCCCUGGGCUCGGUGUUUGCACACAGUUCAUGGAGGAAGUUCACGGGCCCGAUGGCAGACCGGUCAGGCGCAUUAAUCCAGAGACAAACAAGGAGGAGAUCGUCAAACAACCAAUGAUCACCACCGAAGGGGUCAACUUACUCGCGAUGCGCGACUACCAGGACCAGAUCUACCCGCAUUCCAUCUACACCAACUCAGUUCACGAUAUGCUGAAGUACUAUGGUGUCGAAGCUGCGCGGGCGACGAUUGUUAAGGAAAUAGACGGUGUGUUCAAAGGGCACGGGAUCGGUGUAGAUACACGGCACUUGAGUCUGAUCGGCGAUGCUAUGACGCAUUCCGGCAGCUAUCAACCUUUCAGCCGGCACGGUCUUGUAAAAGAAGGAGGAAGUGUGUUGGCAAAGAUGAGCUUCGAGACGGUCAUGGGAUUCCUCAAGGAUGCAGUAUUGUUCGGCGAACGGGAUCCCUUACUUGGACCCAGUGCACGCAUUGUGGCAGGAAGGAGAGGCAAUAUCGGCACGGGAGCGUUUGAUGUAGUCAUGCCUGUACAUUGA